AUGGAUCAUGUCGUCGCCAACCUCGUCGUCGCGCCGUUCCGCGACAUCAUCGACAAGGGCCGCACCGCUGUGGGGAAUGCCGCCCGCUCACGAACCAUGCUCAAGGCUGCCAGGGACCUCGUCAAGGAGGGCGAGCGCGCUUUGAACCGCCUCGAGCCCAUUUGCUGGAGAUAUUACGAAGCCUACGGAUCCGACUUUAUCGACGCCCUGAGGAAAAAUGAUGAGAUCAGAAAGCAUCGCCGCGACCUCAACAAAAUAGUCUACGAGUUUGACGACUAUGUCGCUGCCGACGCCUUUGAUGCCGACCAGUACGCCCGACUCCAAGCUCUGACUCGCGACGUCGUACCAAAGAUCUACGAUGCCCUCAUCGAAAUGGGGCUCGAGGCGCCUCCCAAGGACCAUGCCCAGCUUUCUCCGCCCUCAUCGCCGCUUUCCCGACCCGGGUCUCCUUUUCAGCACUCUCCUUCGCACGCAUCCCUCACCUUCCCGCAUCCUUUCCGCGCGCCUCCACCAGUCAUUUCCGCCCCCGAAUCCCCGCGGGACAUGAGCACCGUGGAUGCCACCGAGCAGCUCAAGAGGCUGAUCCAGAGUCGUCUCUUUGACGAAGCUCCGGGAGCGCGGCGGGGAGCUUCUGCCCUAACGUUGGAGCCGCCAUCGGAACGGUCCCCGCGGCUGCCAUCGGCGAAUCCGUGGGAACCCCCCGGGGCAGGCGACGGGCAUACCACGGACCUCAGCCCCGUCGAUGAAGCGCCGAUGAGGGCUGAAUCGCCAAUCGACCCGUACAUUCCGCAGGUGAGCCCCGACCCUCGUUGGCAAGUCUCGUCUCUUGCCCGCAGGCCCGCGGCACGAUGCGGCCGGGGCCCUGACUGCGACGCCGCCCAGCGACGUCGCCUGGCCUCCAACCUUGCGUCUGAAUAUAUCCCUGCCCAGCCGCAUUCAAGACAGAGCACGCCGGUGCCCGAAGAUGACUCGGCGGAUAUCGCCAUGCCACUUCCCCUGCUACCGCAGGCUCAUUCUUCCCCGGCAUCCAACUCCCCCAAAAGACUCCACUUCGGCAGGCCGCGCAGGCCAUCUGGCGAGUCGGCAGCCAGCUCGGGAGACGACAGUGACCGUUCAGCAAACUUCUCCCUCAGAAUUGGCGCCGGCUUCGAGUCCUUGUCCAAAAUCGACUCUCUGGGCGGUCCGCCGACGAGCCCGCCGCCUCCCAUCCCUCAGUCGCAAGGCCAACCGGAGCUUCCGAUAAAACCGCCGUUUGAAAUCGAUUCCGGCUUGAUUCUGGUAGAACCCGAGGUCUCGGACAAGAAAUCGCAAAGCUACGCUUCCUUGAGGGGGCCGAUGCUCAACGCUUCCGAUUCCUUUUACCAACAUAAAGGGUUCUGCCCGGGCGCCCAGGAGGUCAUCAGAGGCGAGAUUGGGGUCAAGAAGGUGCAGAAGCCGGUGCAUCGAACGCUGAGCAAAGUCGUCGCGAGGUGCUCCGGCUGUCUCUACGAGCUCAACCUCAAUGACGUUGAGGAGGAUGUGAGCAUGCAAGGAGAAGGCAACCUUGCCCAGUGCGGCGUUAAGUAUCGCAUCCGUUUCCUGCAGAAAAGCCACCUUCCGGCCAAAAGAGUCGACGACAUCCCGUACGGCUGCGUCUUUUGCGUCCACCAGGGACACACGCUAGACAAGAGCGAUGCGACGGUCUUCUUCACAAAGAAAGCCCUCUUCAGCCACCUGGCGCGCCACCCGCGUCCGCUGCCAAAGGUCUCUGGCGUUACCGUGGUCGAGGAGGCCGAGGUACCGGAGCACUUGCGCAACAACUACGAUAUCCACUUGCCGAACCCGCCCGUGGCGCAUCCGGCGCACGAGAACCAGGACGACAUUAUCGACCGUCCGACGGGGGUCGCCAAGAAGGAGGCUCGGCGCAUUUACGGGCAGAGGCUGCCCUACGACCGGUCCGCCCCGCUGGAGCUUGACAAGGGGGCGAGGAUAACGGGGAUCAAGUGGCCGCCAAAGCACAGUGGGGAGUGGAUGAUCGCAUGGCACGAUGGCGUCUGCGCAUCGGUGCCCACGGACUUGAUCAAGUUGGAUCCUCCGCCUGCGGCUGAGAUCAAGAUGGACGGGACGAGCCAUGUGUGCGCCAAGGCGAGGUGGAAAUCUGCGCUCAAGGAAAAGGACGCGGGGAACUGGCUCAAGUUUAACAAGAACGAUACCAUCACCAACAUUAGCUGGCCGUACCCCGAGCACUGGUGCUGGUCCGGGAAGAACACCAAGGGCAAAUGGGGCAUCUUCCCCCGGGCGUUUAUUGACAUAAGCACGGUGCAGGAGCUCUCGCCGGACCUCUUGGACCGGAUGAGCAGCACGUCCACCGAAAAGAGCAAGACGUCAUCGGUGCUGUCGAAGCUGUCGGUGCGCAAGUCGGGCAGGCCGUCCAGCCUGGCCGAGUCGACGAGCAGUCGGGAGACGGCGCGCCCGGGCCUCCGCCUGCCUUCGCGGUCCAGAAGAGGCACCGUCGACGCGCCCGGGGCGGGUGAGCGGAGCAUCUGA